CAGACAUCUUGACAGCCAACGCGCGCUUUUUCGUGGGACGCAUGGAUUGUCGACGCGACUGGGCGCCCGCAACGGAAGCACUAGUCUCGACAAUGAUGGAAGAGCAGGCGAAAGCCGCCAAGAAGGGCAAGAAGAAGGUCGACGCCACGCCCAUCUCGACGACGCCAGGCGCAAAGAAAGUGACGCCCAAGGACACCUUCUUGAGCUACGGCAAAACUUCAACCACAGCCGACAAACCCACUACGUUCGUCGACUUGACAAAGAGCAGGCUGGCCAAGGUCGACGCAGCCAUCAAAGCAGCAGAAAUGGGUCGCAAGCGACCCCGUGAAGAAGAAGUCGCCCCGACGCCUCGACCGGCCUCACAACCGCGCCUCAUCCUGAACAAGGACGACAGGGCCUUGUUCGACGUCUACACCAUGCGUCCAGUGUUUGAUGACGACUUGACAAACGAAGCCAUCCUGUUGUUCCGUCGACAAUGGCAACGCGAUCAGCCAAUGGAGAUGGCCCUGCCGCUCUUGAACAUUACGACUCCGACGAGCCCGUCACCACGUCUCAUCACGAAUCAAGGCGACCGAGCAUUGUUUGAGCGUUACACACGACGCCCACUCCUGGACGACGACAUCUGCAACGAGUUCAUCCUUCUCUGCCGACGCCAAUACGACCGUGACCGUCGUCGUACGAACCCAGCGCAAGCUACAACGUCCCCAGUCGUGUCACAGACGCCCGCUAUGACCAAGACGACCAGGACGUCCACCACACCCGCCCCGACGACCGCCGCCGCCACCAAGACAGCAGGCAGGACGCCGGCCACGACGGCGACAAAGACCGGUAAAGACGCCAUCAUGAACACAUGGUUGAGGACGCCUGAGAAGACCACACCAGCAGCCCCAACGUCGACGCCGGCACCACCGACCACGACACCAGCCGCACCGUCGACGCCACCACGCGCUCCGACAACACCACCGACUCCGACACCAGCGGCACCUCAACCGUCACCACCACCCAAGCCGAACCGUGGCGCCGGCUGUGGACGUGGACGUGGACAUAGAGGACGUGGCAAGGCCACUACAGCCGCGCCAUCACGCCGCUCCACACGCGUUACGAAGAACACCAACAAGACGAACUGAAGGAUGGAUGGCGUCCUGUGAUGAGUUCCCUGUUUUGACGACUGUUUGUUUUGUGACGACCUACGAAUUGUGGUUUCGUGCCUUGUUGUGCACCUCGCGUUUGUUUGAGUCACUACGACCAUAAUCCCUUCACGACGAGGACGUCGCCCUUCGCCCCGCCGAGGGGGGGACCUGUUACGGUACCCUCCAAGGAGGAAGAAGGGUCGUCGACCUCGUCACCGCCGGCUGCACUUGCCCGCAACUACGACUGUCCAAGGCGACUUGGACAGUCGUAGCUGCUGUAACCGGCGGAGUCAGACACGACAUGUUAUUUCGAAGUGCACAGUAGUUAGUUAUUGAAUCAACCUUUUCACAGAAUACGUCUUGACCAUGC